AUGGUCACCAACCAACCCGCAGUGCAGGUUUUGAGGUACGAUGAGACGAUCGAUUUCAACAAUGCGGAGUUCGUUAAGCACGUGGGUGCACUUGGUGACGGUCGUUUGUGCAUUACUAUAAACAUUGACGCCCCCCCGCCCACACACACGCACACACACACACCUAGAGGGACGACGAUCAUCUUCACACUAUUUACUCUGACCAGUCAUGCGACCGUUGGUUUCGCAAACGUGUAUAUAAACCACGUCGGAGAAUUCGUGCGCAUUAGUGUCCACAUCUGCCCCUACAUGAUGCUUCAUCUUCGCGUGCUCGCGCUCAUUCUCCUUUGCAGUGUUUUGUCAUCCGGAUCAACGGUUCACCUGGAUCCCGAGUCGCAGAAGCUACUGCAAGAAUUAUCGGAUAGCAUAGAGGACAUGGAAAUAUUUGCAGACACGGAUAAUGUGCUAGAAGCCGCCCGAAUUGGCAAUUGGGUCAGAAGGAAGUGGGAUAAUUUUCGGAGAUCACGGGCAGGAAGAUGGCUCAAGCACAAACUCAUUAAUUGGUUGGAAAAGAACUAA